AACUUCUUUGACAAUUGAGGUGUUUGAAAUAUGUGAAAUAUACUGUUGAACAAUCGGAGCACCAAGCUCAAAACUGGAUAGUGGAAUGGCUUACACUUAAAAGGAUGUUUUGCCUUAUUUAUCAGACAUAGAUACUGCUUAUAUUAAUAUGAAAGAGAAUAAUCAACUGGCAGUGAAGCUGAAGAUACCAUGGAACCAAAUGGAAAAACAAAAAGUGACAAUGAGAAUGGUAUUUGCCAAAACGAAGAAAAAACAACUGAUGUGAAUGAAACAAAAGUUCUGAGAUGGUUAACUACAAUAUUGCUGUAUGCAUCAUUUAUGGGAUUGGGUAUGAUAGAAGGUCUUCUCCCUGCAACAUUUCUAGACCUAAGAGACCAGUUAGGGGUAGACAUAUCAACUAUGUCAUUCGCUUUCACAACACGAUAUGCUGGGGUGGUAUUAGGAGGUGUCUCAGCUGGAUGGCUUACAAAUAUCAAAACAAUAAAUAAGUCACUCCUUCUUGGAGUAUGUUUGAUUGUGAGCUCUGUUUUAAUGAUUAUAACACCAUGGUUACAGCAUGUUGCCUUAGUGAUGAUGAUGAUUGGUCUAUAUGGAAUAUUAAAUGGACUAGCAGAUACAGUGCAUAAUGUGUUACUGAUUUUGACAUGGGGGCAACAGGCGGGACCGUACCUCCAAGGACUCCAUCUUUCUUAUAGUGCUGGUACAUUUAUAACUCCAGUUCUUGCAAUACCAUUUUUAUCACGGCAAAUACACAGUGCACAUAACAAUAGCAAAGAAGUGAUCGUAGGAGAUCAAUCUGAAAUGUUUAUCAAAAAGGAGUAUAUAUUGCUCAACAAUCACACAUUCACAAUGAAUGAAUCUUAUUAUUCUACAAACACGAGCAAUGGAUUAACAAAUAUUACAACCAUGACAAGAUCUAGCAUUCAAUUUGUGUAUAUGAUCCUUGGUCUGUAUGUUGGAAUAAUGGGAUUAUGUUUUUGUAUACUAGUGAGAUGCAAGAAGAAAAAUGGCUCGAUGCCGGCAACUGAAGUAUAUGACCAAGAGGAAAGUGUCAUAAAUCAAACACAUGAUACACUACCUCGAUAUUACAGAAUUAAGUUUCUCAUUUUUCUGGGUUUGAUAUUCUUUGCAUAUGGUAGUAUACAAUCAACAAUAGGAGGUCUUCUAAUACCAUUUGUUGUACAAGGUCUUCAUUGGACAAAACAACAAGGUACAAUGAUAAUAUCAGCUUACUGGAUAAUAGCUUCAAUAUCACGUCUUAUAAAUAUUCCAAUAUAUGCAACUAAAGUGAUAACUGUCACAAAGCUCAUCGUCAUAAAUAUUUUAAUGACAUUUUUGUCAAGCAUCAUCUUUGUAAUUUUUGUCCAAUUCCAUUUUAUUGUAGUGUGGAUAACAAUGUUAGGAAUAUCUAUAGGGCAAGCCACAUUAUUUGUAGCUGCAAUGCUAUGGUACCAGGAAAACAUUAUGCCUGUGACCACAGGGAUUAUACCAAGUAUUCUGGUUUCAUCACAAUGUUUAGGGGCCAUCUUAGUACCUUUAUUGACUGGAUAUCUUAUUGACAAAGUCCAAGCUAUGUGUUUUUCUUAUGUUAUUGUAACAUUAACGACAUUGAUGACAUCCUUGUCUUGUUUCACCUAUGUGUCUGUAAGACUUUACAAAAAGAGACAUAAGCAGACUGAGAUAGCAACAGAGGUAGAAAUGAAACCAAUGAUGUGAAAUAAAAAACAAGAAUCAAGAAACAUGGUUUUCCAUCAUAUCACUACGGGACAUGAUAUUAUUGAAAUGAU